AGGAAGCGGUAGAGGGAAAGAAUAUAAAAGAAAAAUAAGGAGAAAACAAAGCUCCCGAAAACCUUAAACCUUGGCCAGCAGCUGAGAAGAAAGAUGAAGAAAACCCAGAAAGCAAACAAAGAUAAAGAAGAAACCGCGAGUAACAAAUCAAACACCAAAACCCAAACCAAGGAAUCGGAGAUAUUCGCUUCGUGUUCCUUCUCCAGCCUUGGCCUCCUCUCCACUCUCUCUGACCAGCUACGAGAAAGGUUGGGUUUUGAAUCUCCAACUCAUAUCCAAGCUCAAGCUAUUCCUGUUAUACUCUCUGGUCGUCAUGUACUUGUUAAUGCAGAAACGGGUUCUGGAAAAACAAUCGCAUAUUUGGCUCCUAUAGUUCAUCACUUGCAGGGUUACAGUCCCCGGAUUGAGCGGUCUCAUGGUACUUUGGUAUCGUUGGUCCUUGUACCGACGCGUGAGUUAUGCUUGCAGGUUUAUGAAAUUCUGCAGACUUUAUUGCAUCGUUUUCAUUGGAUUGUUCCCGGUUAUGUAAUGGGUGGUGAAAACAGGAAUAAAGAGAAAGCCAGGCUGCGAAAAGGCAUUUCUAUCCUUAUUGCAACUCCUGGACGGCUGUUGGAUCACUUAAAAAACACGUCAUCUUUCAUGCACACAAAUAUGCGGUGGAUUAUCUUCGAUGAAGCAGACAGAAUUCUGGAGUUGGGAUUUGGCAAAGAUAUUGAAGAGAUAUUGGAUCUGUUGGGUUCUAGGGAAAACGAAUCUGUUGGAAAGGGAAAAUCCUCAGAAUUUCAAAGGCAGAAUUUGCUAUUAUCAGCUACAUUAAAUGAAAAAGUAAACCAUCUUGCCAAAAUUAGUUUAGAAAAUCCUGUAAUGAUUGGUCUUGACAACAUGAAGACACAACCAGAUUCGUCAGUUAACCAAACGGGAUCCUUGAGUUCUGAUGUAGAUGAGGACCUCGAUUACUCAGGCAACUUUGUAAAUUCUUCAAGUGGGGAUUAUAAGCUUCCAGCUCAAUUAGUUCAGAGAUAUGUUAAAGUGCCGUGUGGUUCAAGGCUUUCUGUACUGCUUUCUAUUCUAAAACAUCUUUUCGACAGAGAAGCUUCCCAAAAGGUUGUGGUAUUCUUUUCAACUUGUGAUGCAGUGGAUUUUCACUAUAUGCUGUUGAGUGAAUUCCAGUGGUCACCCUACUCGCAAUUUGACGAAGAACAUAAGCAGAUGUUUCUGAAAUGCAAAACUUUUAGGUUACAUGGGAAUAUGAAGCAAGAAGAUAGAAGAACCACUUUCAGUGCCUUUAAAACAGAAAAGUCGGCUCUUCUUGUCUCUACGGAUGUUGCUGCUAGGGGCUUAGAUUUUCCAAAAGUUAGAUGUAUCAUACAGUAUGAUUCACCAGGGGAGGCCACUGAAUAUGUGCAUAGAGUAGGUAGGACGGCUCGAUUGGGUGAAAGAGGAGAGUCCUUGCUAUUUCUACAGCCAAUAGAAGCAGAUUACUUGGAAGACCUCGAGAAACAUGGUGUCACACUAACGGAGUAUCCACUCAUCAAAAUAUUAGAUUCUUUCCCAUUGCACGGUCAAAUGCACCGUGUCAAGAAGUUUGUUUCUUUAGAAUCACAUCCGUGGGUUGUAUCACUUCAGAAGGAGCUUGAAUCAUAUAUUUCAGCAGAGCCAAAGAUUAAGAAAGUGGCAAAGGAUGCUUUUUGCUCUUGGGUUCGUGCAUACACGGCGCAUCGUGGAGACCUGAAACAAAUUUUCAUGGUGAAGAAACUUCAUUUGGGACAUGUUGCAAAAAGUUUUGCAUUAAGAGAGCAGCCAUCCUUGGUUGGGAAAACAUUCCAAAACCAAACGAAAAAGAGGAAGAGGGAUAUGAAGCAGAAGCAGAAAGGUGUAUUCAAGAAGAGGAAAGUUGCCAGUAAAACAUGAAUUAUACAAUGCAAAUCUCAUUAUUAGAGCAUAUUUGUGCUUCUCUUCACAGUUUUUAUAGAACUGAUGAAUUGCUUGUAUUAUUAUUUAACUGUC